UUAGGUUAGAAGCCGCUUAGUGCAUAGGGGCGGAGAGAGAGAGAGAGAAGAAUGGCGGUGGACAUGGGGAAGCUGCGCUGGGGGGAGCUCGAGGACGACGCUGAGGACCUCGAUUUCCUGCUUCCGCCGCGGGUGGUGAUCGGACCGGACGAGAACGGGGUGAAGAAGGUGAUCGAGUACCGGUUCGACGAUGCAGGCAACAAGGUCAAGGUCACGACGACGACGCGCGUCCGCAAGCUUACCCGCGCCCGCCUCAGCAAGCGCGCGAUCGAGCGCCGGUCGUGGCCCAAGUUCGGAGACGCCGCCCACGAGGACGCCGGUGCUCGCCUCACUAUGGUUUCCACCGAGGAGAUCAUCCUCGAGCGGCCCCGCGCUCCUGGCAGCAAAGCAGAGGAGCCAAAGGCUGCUGGCGAUCCAUUUGCUGCCAUGGGCAAAGCUGGUGCUGUCCUCAUGGUUUGCAGAACUUGUGGCAAGAAGGGUGACCACUGGACAUCCAAAUGUCCAUACAAGGACCUGGCUCCAUCGACUGAUGCCUUCGUUGACAAGCCCCCUGGUGCUGAAGCUGCAGCCUCAGCUGCUGGCACUGGCAAGAACACAUAUGUGCCACCUAGCUUGAGAGCUGGUGCAGAGAAUCGUGGGACAGAGAUGAGGCGCCGCAACGAUGAGAACUCAGUUCGUGUAACCAAUCUCUCAGAAGACACCCGUGAACCUGACUUGUUGGAACUGUUCCAAACUUUUGGCCCCGUGACUCGAGUCUAUGUUGCCGUGGACCAGAAGACUGGGGUCAGCCGAGGAUUUGGCUUCGUCAAUUUUGUCAACCGGGAAGACGCCGAGAGAGCCAUCAACAAGCUUAAUGGCUAUGGCUAUGACAACCUUAUUCUAAGAGUUGAAUGGGCUACUCCAAGGCCAAAUUAAUCCAGCUAGCUUUGCUUUGGUUUAUUACUUCUCAGAUCUGCACAAUCUUGUUAUGUAAUAUUGCUAGUUUGCAACUUAAUAUUUGUUUUGAUGAUCAAUAAGGUUCUCCACCGUUUUGAUUA